GGGACGCACUGGCGGGUGCGGCGAGGCGGUCCCUUCGAGUUCGAGUGUGGAAGUUCGCUCCCUGAAGAGAGUGUGGGCGGUUAGGUUCUCCCGGCCACUUUCCCGUCCCCGAAUCUUCUUUUCAGGGAGAUGUCCUUUGCUUCUCAGAUGUAAUGCACUUUAAGUUUGUUAUUCAACAGUGAAAAUGAGUCAUACAGAGGUUAAAUUAAAAAUACCUUUUGGAAAUAAAUUACUAGAUGCUGUUUGUUUGGUACCUAACAAGAGCUUAACAUAUGGAAUAAUUCUUACACAUGGAGCAUCAGGAGAUAUGAAUCUUCCUCAUUUGAUGUCACUGGCAUCCCAUCUUGCAUCUCAUGGUUUUUUUAGCCUGAGAUUUACCUGUAAAGGCCUUAAUAUUGUACAUAGAAUUAAGGCAUAUAAAUCAGUUUUGAAUUACCUAAAGACCUCAGGAGAAUACAAACUUGCAGGUGUUUUCCUUGGAGGUCGUUCAAUGGGCUCAAGAGCAGCUGCUUCUGUAAUGUGUCAUAUUGAGCCAGAUGAUGCUGAUGGUUUUGUUCGAGGUCUCAUUUGUAUUUCCUAUCCACUGCACCGUCCAAAGCAGCAGCAUAAACUUAGAGACGAAGAUCUCUUUCGUAUAAAAGAUCCUGUACUGUUUGUGUCAGGCUCAGCAGAUGAAAUGUGUGAAAAGAACUUGUUGGAGAAAGUGGCACAGAAAAUGCAAGCUCCUAAUAAAAUCCACUGGAUUGAGAAAGCAAGUCAUUGCAUGGCAGUGAAAGGACGGUCAACAAAUGAUGUUUUCAAAGAAAUAAAUACACAGAUUUUGUUUUGGAUCCAGGAAAUCACUGAAAUGGACAAGAAGUAAUUGUCUGUAGUUACAAGCUAUGUUAUUUUGAAUACAAAUACAGUUAAUUUGUUAAAGAACAACAUACCUCUAAGCAUUAUCAGAUAUAUUUCAGACUAAUUUAAUGUUCUUUAUUAAUGUUCCCCCAUUUUUUAAACACAUUUUAAUUGUGAAAUUAAUGCCCUUUACAAAGUGUCUUUUGAAAGCACUGUUAUAGUUGUAUAAAGUUGAUGUACAAAUAUUGAAGGUGGUCUAAAUAUAAUUUAUUUUC